AAAUCAGAGCGGGGAAAGGAAAGGACGGACUACCCGUGCGGGCAGCACGGCUACCAAUCGUUGCACUUCGCGAUAUUCAGUCUCAGUGUGCGGAUCGUUGUACCCGUUUGUCGUUUCCACGUUCACUCGUUUCCACGGCAGAUCUUCGAAACGUUCAACCUAUCUUUUUUUUUUUUACUUUUUUUUCCAAAUUUUCUUCUCAAUACGGCGUAACAAACGCGUGAACGCGUGAAAAAACAAUGUCGGCUAUAUAUAAGAAAUCGGUUCAAACGAUUGGCAAGUGCGUGCCCGAGAAGUUCCAGCCACUGUGGAAUCACCCAGCUGGUCCGCAGACUAUAUUCUUCUGGGCACCAGCUUUUAAAUGGGGGCUUGUAAUAGCUGGCCUCGGUGAUCUGCAGAGGCCAGCAAAUCAACUCUCCGUUAGCCAAUCAUCUGCCUUGGCCGUUACGGGUGUAAUUUGGACUAGGUAUUCCUUAGCAAUUACACCGAAAAACUGGAGCCUUUUUAGCGUAAACCUCUUCGUCGCAAUAACAUCUAUCUACCAAGUUACUAGAGCAUUAAAGUAUCAACGUGAACACCCAGCGGAAGCAGCAAUAUCGAUGGAGAGGAAAUAGUGAAUAUAUUCGAGUAAUACACAUUCCUAGACAAAUACUUAAUAUAGAUAAUUAGAAUAAUUAGAAUAGGACAAGCUUGCAGGGCGAGCGACUUUCAACCAUUGCGUAAUGUUUAAUAAAAAAGAAUUCACGCUUAAAUGAGAACAACACAAAUUCAUAGUAUUUAUUGGACAUCAACUCUCAGUGGUUUUGAAAGUUUCAAGUAGUGAAAAUUGUAAAUAUUUAGAUUCAAGUACACGUACACAUCGCCAUACAACCAAAUACAUCGAAUGUUAAAACAAUCAUCAAUACACUAAAAACAAGUAAUCACAAAAA